AUGCAUCUAUUCGCAGCCCUAAACACGGCACUGGUAGCCAGUGCCGUAAGCGCAGCGUCUAUUUCAACGUCGCACGUCCUCCACGAAAAGAGGUCAUCUACUGCUGACUCGUCAUCAUGGGUGAAACGGUCGCAAGCCCCUCGAGAUCUUAUCUUGCCGGUCCGAGUCGGGAUUAAUUCCCAGAAUAUCGCAGAGGGACACGACCAUCUCAUGGACAUUUCGGACCCGACAUCAGAAAAAUUUGGCAAGCACUGGACUCCCGAACAAGUUCAUGAAUUCUUUUCGCCUUCGGAGGACACUGUUGAGGAGGUCCGUGAAUGGCUGUCUUCUUAUGGAAUUGACAAGCAUCGUCAUAAUGUUGCGCCCAGUCGGGGACAUGUGCAAUUCCACGCAAGUGUCGACGAAGUAGAAGCCCUUUUGGGAACCCAAUAUGACAUCUGGGAGCACACCGAUACUGGGAAAAUGAGUAUCUCAUGCGACGAGUACCAUGUAUCCCCGGAAAUCCAGAAGCACAUAGACUUCGUCACCCCGACUAUCGGCUUAGACCCUUCCGCUAGCCAUUCUUUGGCCCGCAGAACCCAGAAGCGCGGCGUGAGACCGAACAGCAACCUUGCGCAUGGUAGUGAAAGAGGGCCAGUUAUAAAAAAGCCUAUAGUGGCUGGACAGACAUCCUGCUGGGAACUAGCCACGCCGCAAUGUAUCAAAGACCUCUACCAGAUUGCGGACCCCUCAGAAAACACCACCCAGCCUGGGAACGAGCUUGGAUUGUACGAGGAAAUGAUGCCCUACGAUCAACUUAACCUUGACUGGUUCUUUUCUCAGUUCGCUCCCCAUAUCCCUAAUGGCACUCACCCAGAGUCCGUGAGCAUUGACGGUGGCGUUAAUGUUGUUAAAGCCGGCCGAGGAGGAGCGGAAACCAUGUUGGACCUCAACAUGGUCUAUCCGAUUAUCUAUCCUCAAGGCGUGAAGAUUUUCCAGACUUAUAGCGAAUACCUUGGUGAAAACGGGUACACUGGUAUCUUCAAUCAGUUCUUGGAUGCUCUGGACGCUAGUUAUUGCACGUAUGACGGCGGUGAUGACCCCAAGAUCGACCCCAAGUUUCCUGACGGCAUUACAUACAACAAGACAAGAAUCUGUGGUGCCUUUAAGCCAACCAACGUGAUUUCUGUCUCGUACAUUGUCGCUGAGGACGCAUAUACUCCGGCCUAUGCCACAAGACAGUGCCACGAGUACAUGAAACUGGGCCUCAUGGGGACGUCUAUCAUUGUCGCCUCUGGCGAUAAUGGUACUCUAUCACGCUUCCCUGACCAGGGAUGCCUGGCCAAUGGCGCUCAGAGACCUGGUUUCCCUACAUCGUGUCCAUAUGUCACAUCGGUUGGCGCCACUCAAAUCCCAGACAAUGGCACCAUCCACGACCCCGAGGUUGCUGUCGUCGACAACAGAUACGGAUUCACCAGCGGAGGCGGAUUCUCCAACGUCUUCGCACGCCCUUCGUACCAAGACGAUGCGGUUUCCAGCUUUCUCAAAACCAACACUCGACUUCCGGAAAGCUCCACGUACAAUGCCACUAGCCGUGGCUUCCCUGAUAUCUCGGCCCUUGGAUGGAAUAUCGCAUCGGUUGCUACAAACGUUUCCUUCCUAGAGUCUGGUACCUCGGCCUCGGCGCCUAUCUUUGCGGCGAUGAUUAACUUGAUCAAUGGAGAGCGUAUUGCAGCUGGGAAAAGCACACUCGGGUUUUUGAAUCCGUUUUUGUAUAAGAACCCGGAUGUGUUUAAUGAUAUUGUUGGCGGUUACAACUGGGGCUGUGGGAGCGAACCGGCCUUUUAUGCGUCCAAGGGAUGGGAUCCUGUCACUGGCUUGGGCACUCCCAACUACCCCAAGUUGAGGGAUGUUUUGCUCAAUCUUCCUUAG